AUGGAAGCAAAAUCUGAUUCAAAGCAAUCAACAAACCAAUCAUGCCAAGGUGAUUGCGACAUUACAUCCAAUGGAUUAUUCAAAUACCCUAGUCAAGCUUCAAAAAUGAUUCAAGACAUCAAUCACAAUAAUAUUUUACAACUCUCAUCACAAAUCAUAGAUUUAAUUAAAAACAACAAAAUACCUAUCAAAAUGGCUCUUUAUUUAAUUGAUAAUUUUUCAAAAAUUCGUAUUGCUGAUCUUGAAUUAUUUGCAGAACUUUAUAAAAAGAUAUCGAACGAAUUUUCACUUAUCAUCAAGCCUGAGAAUGACAAAUUGGCCUUGCUAUUAUAUAAUAAUGGCCUUAAAUUUAAAAACUUCGAUCCUAAAUUAAAACAGGACGAAAACCAAAAUAUGAAUCAAAUUAGACAAUCCCCUGAUUUAAUAGCAGAAAGAAUAUAUUUCGGAAAUUUUGAUGGUGCUGCUAAUUUACUUUCUAAUGGAGCAAAUAUUAACGCGACUUAUAAUCUUCUUCAUUUCAUAUCUAUCAAUAUUUUAUAG